GGGAAACUUUAAGUUGUGGAACAGGCAGAAAAUGUUUUAUCAUCAGAGCAUUUUGAAUAGAAGAGGGGGUGUUUUUGGGACAGUCUGGUUGGCAGCUACAAUUAAAGAUGAACAUGUGUUGAAGAGAAGAGAUGUUACUAGAGUGAACCUAUGUAAAACAUGUGAAGACAUUUUAGAUUACAUCAUGGUGAGGAAGCAACCCUCGGUGCGAGGGAGAAGCCGACCCAGAUUCUCCCUGUACCUCUCAGCCAAGCUGAUGUUUGGAUGUGUGCGACUGUACAAAAAGCAAACUCAGUAUUUACUAGAGGAUAUCACAUCUUUCUUGGUGAAAGUGAGACUAGCUGCAAAUAUUGCAGAAAAUAUUGAUCUUAAUAUUGCAUGCAGACCAGAUCAUGUAACAAUGCAAGACAUUGUAGAAUUGACAACAGAAAAACAACCCUUCUACGACCCAUACUUUGGCAAAAUUACAGAUUAUCAUGAGGACUAUGAAGAUGUGCAGAAAUUGUUGACAGAGUUAUCUUCCCCUGGCAGUGACUCCAGCAUGGAACGCCUUCGGCGCCACAGAGGUUCAGAAGCAUCCUCCUCAAUUCAAAUUGAGUCAGAACAGAGCUUCCUAAAAUCAGCUCUAGGUUCUCCACACACUGUAUCAAGUCUGGACCAAAUUACUCUGAAGGAGAUUGAUAUACCUAAUCUUCCAAAGAUUGCUGAGCAGACAGAAUUGCCUCCUCUUGAUGAGCAGAACAUUCAAGCCCUGCUAAAUGAGUCAGCCAGAAUGGACACUCUCCAUCCUGUUGACACUUCACAUCAACCUGAUGUUGCUAUUCCUCUGGGGGAGAGCUCUGUAAAGGCAUCAGAAGCAUUAAUCAGUCUCUCUUCCCCUCAAAAGACAACCAAAGAGGCAAAAGAACUUGAAGAACAAAUUAUGUCACCCAAAGAAAAGACACCCCGAGGACAGGCUGAGGAGCUUCUCCCUGAAGCCCCUCCAGCUAUUCGUGAACUUCGACCAAGGUCACAGCCAGAGGUCACUCUAAUGCCCCCACCUGAGGAGGAACCUUAUCGGAGCUCAAGAAAAAGACGGAUUGACAUGUCACUAGAGUUAGCCCCCUUGCCUCCAAGUCCGAGGACGGUGAAAAGGAGACGACGUCACUUAAUAGUAGAUGAGAACAUGAUGAUUCCCAAAACUGAGAUGAAGAAAAAUCUCCAGACAGGGAGUGAUCUGUGUAAACCAUUUAGUGUCCCUGUCAUUGGGCGAUCAGACUGUGCCACUCUUUUCAAUCAGCCAGGUAGCAAGUGCCUUAGAUUGUCUCCCCUUAUCGACUUGUGGCGAUGUAAUCUCAGGCCAGGGGUGUUGGAGACCGAGUCUGAUAUUGAGACUCCUUUCUGGACUGUGCCUAGUAUAUUCAGAGAUGAAUCUACACGUAGUAAAAGAUCUAGACGAGCUCUCCUGUCUGAACCAGAAGUGGAAAGACGAGAUGUGCAGCCUGAGAUUCCAGAUAUACAGAUGACAGAAAUACAGCCCCCACAACUGGAAAUCCCCCUAGACAAAGUUUCUCCAGAGAAAGUCAGGGCAGAUAUUAGUAUGGGAAAUGAAAUGCCAUCUAUGGAAAUCCCCCGAGAUGCCUCAAUAUCAAUGGAAAAAAGUCUCCAGGACACAACCCCUAUCCAGCUUCAUCUGUCUGCCAGGAGUAAGGAUGACUCGCUGUCUGAUAGAUCCACUGCCAGUCGAAAAAGGAGGAGCCGAUCUCGGGGAUCCAUUGAGGAGGAGCUUCUGGUCCCUCCCUCAGAGCACUCUGUGUCUGACACAUUCUCAAGGAUCAGUCGAAAUCUCUCAGUGGUGCAGGAGGAGUCAGAAAUACCUAUGGUGGACACACCGUUACCAAUUAUCUCCAAGCUCUCACAAGUAGAAAGUAGAUUUCUCAGGUUAAUCAACUCAAACACAAGUGAGAAGGAUUACUCAACAUUUGAGGAAGUUUGCCCGCCACACUUUUAUGACAGAAAAAUAGCAGCCUCCAUGUUCAACGCCUUGCUUCAUUUAUGUGCCAAAGGGAAUGUAUAUGUUGACCAGAGGGAGCCUUAUGGAGAGAUGCUUAUCCAGAGGGGACACAAUUUCUGAGGAUCAAGCAGAAAGACCAGAGUUUUAUUUUAUCAACUCAUGGGCAUUCAUUAUUGUUUUUAUUUAAAUCAGAGUAGUUGUUCCAAUGUUUAUCAAAAAUUAAUGAUAAUUGGUAGGUUUUGUUGCAUGGCUUAUAUCUUUUCACUUGUUUCAAUUGUUUAAGGCAUGACAUAUCAUGAGACAAAAUUAAUGUUCUAAUGAAUGAAAUCAUGCACAAGUUAUUGUUUUAUGUAUGUUAACAAUUGUAUUUGUUUAUUACAAAGUUGUUGAUUAGCUGUUAAUGUUGUUUAUUUAUUGUUAUGAUGUGCUUGUCACAUUUUUCUGUUAUUGAUAUAUUUAAGGAGGCAUUAAUCCGUUUGCAUGGUAAACUAUAUGUCAGUUGUUCAAUCAGGUUUUCACAGUGACUUUAAACCAAAAAAGCAAUUUUUUAUUAGAUUAAAUCAUGUUAUAUCCAAAAGUUUAUAUAAGCAAAGCAAAAAAAAUGUUUAUACACAGAGAGCUGUUUAACAUUAAGGAAAUUCUUCCAUAUUCCUGAUUUUUGUUUCAAAAUGCGGAUUAGAGAUUGGCCUGUAGAAUAUGGCUUCUUGGUUAUGGGACAAUUUUUUUUUUUCAUAUUAAUACCUCAGCAAUGAUAGAUAUGCACUUAAAGACCCUAAUUACCUAGUACACUGUUUUAUAUUUAGAUUGUCACUGAUAUGUAUGAUACAGUUUACAUGCUGACAAAAUGGAUAGUAACAAUCAUAAACCUUCAUAUGAUCAUAUCUAAACUUAAUGAAAUGUAUAUUAGAAAAUUAGAAAAAUAACAUUACUAGGUACAAAUGAAGAGUCCCCAAAAGUAUGGACAGAAACCAUUUAAAUUACUGAAAAAUACAAAAUGGGGUAUAAACACCUCUGUAUACAUUAUGUAGUUUCCAAGGCAAAAAAUUUUAAUACAAAAUGCGACAGGGAGAGUUUUUAUGGCAAACUGCCUGUCUUUCAUCAUCCUUAAUAUAUUUUUGUUUUCCCCUAUUGUAAUGUUUUUUGCAGUUGUGCUAUACUUCCUUAAAAUACUGUUAAUAUGCUGUUCUUGUUAAAAAGUUGGCUAUAUAUGUUGUUAAUAUUUAUUUAUGAGGCUGUUAUAUGGCAAAUGUUAGUAUUAUUUCAUGUACAGUGUACAAGUGUAUAAAUUUUAUUUCUUGUUGAAUUUCAUAUAUUAUGGACCAUGAUUGUUGAAUACAAAUACAACUUAUACCAUUAAAAGAGGGAGAAAAUUAAGAUUCAGAACUUUUCUGUGUUCUUGGUGUCUUUGAAUACCAUGUAAUGUGUUUUUUUU